UAGAAGAAAUGAAGUGCUGUGGAUGGAUGGACAAGAGAGACCCUCCACAUCUGAUCAUCUGGUGUCGGCUUCUCUGCUUCCUUUUCCCACUUGACCUAACUCAGCUGCUGUGUAGAUCACCUAAAAUAUAGCAAGCAGACACUUGGGGAGCACAAAAGAGUCUCCAGGUCGGAUCCGGAGACCAGCCUUCUGAGAGGCAGCAGUGUCUCAGGUUCAAGGGAGUCCAAUCUGGGAGGAAGGAGUCUGGCCAGAACCCCCAGGCCCAGGGCCUGCUCUGUUGCUGACACAUUCUCAGAUCUGCUUCCCUCUGGUGGCCAGCGCUUGCCCUGCAACCCAGACCACGUGAUUUCUAGGAACCGCACCUCCCAGCAGGAGAACUGAAACUUAGGGUGGGAACUGUAGAAAGGGGAGGAGAGAUCAGAAACAGCCUAGAACAAGCUGACUGUGGGACCUCCUCGGCAGGCCGCUCAGGAUGGCCUCAGGCAAACCACGCAGCACCCGAAAGCUCCGCAGUUGGAUAAUAGAGCAAUUGGAAAGUGGGCAGUUCCCAGGGGUGUGCUGGGAUGAUGCAGACAAGACCAUGUUCCGGAUUCCCUGGAAGCAUGCAGGCAAGCAAGACUUCCGAGAGGACCAGGAUGCUGCCCUAUUCAAGGCUUGGGCACUGUAUAAGGGAUACACCAAUGAAGGAAAUGCUGCUGUCUGGAAGACUCGCCUGCGCUGUGCCCUCAACAAGAGUUCUGAAUUUGAAGAGGUUCCUGAGAGAGGCCGUAUGGAUGUUGCUGAACCCUACAAAGUGUAUCGGAUACUGCCACCAGGAACCCUCCCCGACAGUGGCUGUGGUGGAAGAGGCAUCCUUGGCUGCAGAGGCAGCAGCAGCAGCAGCGGUAGCGGCGGCGGUGGUGGGGACAGCAGCGGCGGCACCAGCGGCAGGGACAGCAGCAGCAUCAGCGGGGACAGCAGCAGCGGCGGGGGCAGCCCAGAGCCAGAGGAAGGUGCCUGCCUUCAAGAGGAAGCCUCCAUUCAAGAGGACCCAGUGUUCAUGGAGCAUCAGCUUCCUCUGAACUCAGUGCUUGCUUGGAUUCCUGCUUUGGACCUCAGUUUUCCCGUUAUCAACACGGGGACACUGGACCCCACAGAACCUCAUGCACCGUGGAGAGAAGGCCUCUUCUCAGCCUUCAGGCUCCUGCUGCACCUAGUAAAGCUAGACUUUUCUGUCCCCAGACUACUCGCUGCUGCUCACCUUCAUCUACAAUGGCCGUGUGGUGGUGAGAUGCUGCAGGUGACCUUUCCCAAACCUGAUCCACUGGAGCCUAUCCAGCACCUGCUGAGUCAGCUCGAGAGAGGGAUCCUGGUGGCCAGCAAUUCCAGAGGCCUCUUUGUUCAGCGCCUCUGUCCCAUCCCCAUCUCCUGGAAUGCACCUAAGGCCCCACCUGGGCCUGGUCCACAUCUGCUGCCCAGCAAUAAGUGUGUGGAGCUCUUCAGCACCAACUACUUCUAUAGAGACUUGGCCCAGUACUGCCAGGGCCAGGGCCCCCCACCCAAGUUCCAGGCCACACUGAAUUUCUGGGAGGAGAAGCCUGACUCUAACCACACCCAGGAGAAUCUUAUCACAGUGAGGAUGGAGCAGGCCUUUGCCCGACAUUUGCUGGAGACAGUUCCAGAGGAGCAGAGAGCUGCUUUGUUCCUGGUGCAGAACCCAGAACUCCCAUCUGCUGCUCUCCAGCCUCCAGGGACUCGUCUGCCCCGUGAUCAGGGCCUUGCCAGACCCCACUGUGGCUGCCGAGUGAUGGAGCAAAAAGAGGUUCCCGAUGGGUUCAGGGAUGAGGCCUGCGGCAAGGAGACUCCAGCUGGCUAUGCCGGCCUCUGCCAGGCACACUACAAAGAAUAUCUUGUGAGCCUCAUCAAUGCCCAUUCGUUGGACCCAGCGACCCUGUACGAAGUGGAGGAGCUGGAGACAGCCACUACACGCUACCUCCAUGUGCAUCCCGAACCAAUGGAUGGAGAGGAUCUUCCUGCCUAUCAGGCUCGAUUGUUACAGAAGCUGACAGAAGAGGUUCCCUUGGGACAGAGUAUUGCCCGCAGGAGGAAGUAG